AGAGGUGUUGACUCUAGCUUCUGACUAGGUGUAACUUAGCUAUCCGUUUUAGCUUGUCCAACCAUCUAAUUUUAGAUUUCGGGUAGAAAACACAACAAGUAGAAGUUGUAGAUGUUAAGUGUCAAAAAUGACAGCUGCAGUUUCACCCCUAUAUUUGCAGCAAAGCUCACCGACAUACUCUCCUGUAUCACUAGACUCUGUCAUUCCCCAUGGGUCACUGCCUGAAGGGUGCAGGGAUGUGCAUCCAUUUUUAACCACACCUGGGUCUCCCUUAAGUCCCCGAAGGUACACAGACACGUUUUCUACAUCUGAAGACGAAGACGAGGAACACAUGGAGAUGAAGAAUAAAGGGGAGCUAACUAAAGAAGAAGUGGCUGACUGCUUAUCCAACCUUGGACUUUCUGCGACUGGACUCCAGCACGUCUACCAGUUUCUCUCUGUUCCAGUAAGGCAAUGAAAACACAAGACCUAAAUCUCUUUUGCUACGCUGCUGCAUUAUCCAUGGCCAACUCAAUAUCACCCCAUUAGAGCACACAAGCUAUUACAUAUAGAGAUUUACUAUAAAAAAUAUGGUUAUAAAAUCAUUACUCUGUUCUCUGUACCAUUUGGAAAAAGAAAAAAAACCGCCUUUGAGCUCUGAGGUCGAUUUAUAUUAAAUUUGUGGUGUACCCUGUCUUGGUCUCAGAUGUAUUUUCCCCUCUGUUUUAUGUGUGCCUUAAUUAAAUCUGUGAUUCUAUGUUUUAUCUGCCUGCAGGGACGCAGUCUGUCUAACAUAUCCAUUCUCUGCAAUUAUGUCCACCUUCAGAAAUUAGAGCUUCCACGCAAUAAGAUAAAAGGAAGUAGAUUUUUCCCACAACCAGAUAUCUGAGAUGAAGGACUUGUCUGCCUACUCCUUCCUGAAAAAAAUCAACCUCGACUAUAACCACUUCCAAAAGAUCCAUGGACUGGACAAGUGUGCCAGCCUCACCCAUCUCAGCCUGGCACACAACCAGAUCUCCUGCAUCGGCGGUCUGGACAACCUGCCACUGAAAGAGCUCUGCCUGAGAGGUAAUCUGAUCCAGGCCAUUGAGAACCUGCAGACCCUGUGGGCCCUCCAGGUGUUGGACCUGGCCUGCAACCGGAUCCAGAGCCUCUCUGGCCUGCAGAACCUCCACCUCCUGGGCUCUGUUAACCUUGAGAAUAACCGGAUCAGUGAGAUCAAGGAGGCCACCCACGUCCAUGACCUGCGGUUACUGAGGACACUCAAUCUGAAGAGGAACCCAGUCCAGGAUCAGCCAGACUAUCGGCUGGCUGUGAUCUUCCUGCUCCAGCCUUUGACAGGCUUAGAUGAGCAGAAGGUGACGGCUGAGGAGAAGGUGUCCUCCGUCAAUAAGUACGACCCACCCCCCGAGGUGGUGGCUGCCAGGGAUCACAUGACCCACGUGGUGUACCAGCUCAUGCAGCCCCAGGUCAUCUUGGACAGCACGCUGCCCAGUCUGGACACGCCCUACCCCAUGCUGAUCCUCACGGGCCCGCAGGCCGGUGGCAAGAGAGAGCUGGCCCACAAGCUGUGCCACGAGUUCAGUGACUUCUUCGCUUACGGUGCUUGCCACACCACUAGGGGGCCUUACUUUGGGGAGGAGGAUGGAUCUGACUACCACUUUGUCACAGAGGAAGAGUUCCGCCACAUGAUUCACAUGGGCAAGUUCAUCCAGACCAUGCAGUAUUGUGGACACUGGUAUGGCCUGUCCGUGGAGGCCAUAGAGAGUGUGGCCAGAGAGGGCUUGGCCUGCAUUGUGCACAUGGAACUGGAGGGUGUGUUCAGUCUGAAGAACUCCUACUUUGAGCCACGCUACAUCCUGAUGAUCCCCACCAGCACCGAGGCCUACACCAGGUGCCUGAGGGCUCGAGGCUUCUACACGCGGGCGCAGAUAGAGCACGCUGUGGCCCGAAUCGACACCUACAGCACUGUCAACAGAGACAAGCCUGGAUUCUUCGACAAUGUUAUCGCCUGUGAUGACCGCAAGGAAGCCUACCAGACCCUCAAGCAGUUGGUGCAGGAGUACCUGGGUCUGACGGACCGGGAGGGAGGCCUGAGCACCACACCCACCCCUGACAACACCUCCACAGGUGCCAUGACGGCCGACUCUCUGGUGACGGAUAGGCUGAAGGAGCCCUCGCCCUACUCCAGGGCUGAGCUCAGUGCCAAAAGCCUGGCUUCCCCUGACGCCGAGCCCCCCCUCUCCCACAGCAUGAACUACCGCAACAAGCUACAGGCCGAGCUCACACCGCAGAAGACCUCCGCCGAGCACGCCUCCAUCUCCAGACGCCGUCAGUUGGUUCGAGAGGCUCUUAUGGGGAAGAGUCCAGCAGCAUACUCUCAGCUUUUCAAGAGGUGUGCUCACACAGCUCCAUCCUCACUGGUCUCUCCAGGCCGGCAUACAGGAGGCAACCUGCCCAACCCAGGUGACGACAGCAGCGUGGAGGAAUCCCACACCAGUUCAGGCCUGUCCAUGGGCAGCUCAGCCGGGGCCUUCUCCGCCGCUAGCCCAGCAGCCCGGGGCUCGGACUUGGGCUCGGGGCCUGCCGUUGAACCCCUGGACAUCUCCGCUCUGGCAAACCACGACCUGGACGAGGUCAGAGAUCCAUCUGAGCCAGGCCUGACCCCCGAUGCUCCCCGCGUGGGCGUGUCCGACCAUCUCUCCCCCGCCGUGGGUCCCUAUCCCACCAGGCCCGGCUCCAACGCCAAACCCAUCCUGCCCCCCAUCCCGUCAGGCCGCAAGACCGCCGAGCCUGCCCCUGCCACUGCCAGCCAGAGCCAGCCUGCCGACGGCUAGAGAGGAGCUCAGAACCAGCCGCGAAAGGAAAGGGGGGUUUGGCCGGAGGGAGUCAGGAGUUAUGAGGUAGUUUAGAGGUGGGAUAGGUGCAGUAAUCUGUGCGCUGCUGCUGUUGGCUUUUGAAAUAAAGUUGGAGCAAAGUCUUAGCCAGGUCCUUUUAGUGGAGGUGUGUUGCACCCUAGUUUAAAUUCGCAGCAGGUUGGCACUGUUCCAAAUGAACAGGAGGGUCAAACAGAAAAUGGGAAUUACAUACUGCAAAUCACACACACACACACACACACACACACACACACACACACCAUCUGCACACUGUGCUGUAAGGACAAGCUCUACAGCAAUUACUCAUUCAGGGACCGUAAUAAAUAACUAGGACUGCAACUAUGCGUGGAAGACUUGAAAUUUCCUUUUAUUUAAACAAAUUGCUGUUCCCCUCCCCUUUAUUCCCAAUGGGUCUGGGGUUAUGUUUCUGUGUGUGCGUGUGUGUACGUGCGUGUGUGUUGUAUGUGCCAAUGGUGUGUAUUGCACAGUUUUUCAAACAGCAAAAAGACUUUACAAAAAUAUUCGAAUUUGGAGCUGAGGUGAAGGUGUAAAAUGAUGCAAGAAAUAAAAUGCCCCAAAUCUUGUGUAAAUACAAAGACUAAAAUGUCAACGUUGGCAAUUACCUAGAAUACUGACAUUUUGCUCACAUUUAGUUUAUAUGUCUUUAUGAGAUCCAUAUUUAAACUUUGUAGCCUGAUUAUUUCAAUUAUAGUGUUUGUGAUUUUGAAACACGCUGUUUUGAGGUCAGGACAGACUUGGAGAUUUCAAAAAAGAACAUAACACAAUUAAUGUUGUAUUUUAUUCUUUCCUACAUAUGCUUCAAUUAGAUUCAAUUCAAUCAUUAGGCCAUUUACAGGUAUAUUGUUAUUUGGAGUUAUUUGGAGAAAUUUCUUCAAAUGGUAAAAUAACAUUUAUCACAUUUUGACAUUAGGAACAUUAUUGCGAAGUCAAACUUGUUCAAAAUGUCACUAGUGUUGCUGGAUGACUGCAAAGAAUAUUAUGUUAAUUUUGAAACAUCUGGAAAUGAAAUGUCUGGAAAAAGAACAAAUGCAUUUUUUUCUGUGUGUAAAAGUUACCGAUCACACCUUUGUUUUUCAAAUUCAAGGUGACGUUUUUAUUGACUGGGUUCAUUACCAGUAAGUCAGGUUCCAGCUGAGUGAACAGGUUUGCCAAGGUCUCUGAUGAGCAGUGAAACUAUUAAGGAAUUACCUUGACUGGAAGCGUAGUUGUAAAAUGUAUUAUGUUGUACAUUGUUUUUGUUGUUGCCAGUUAUAUGGGAUUGUGAGAUUUUGACAUACAUACAACAUUUAUUUUUCAUCAGAAUGCGAUAGAUUUAUUCCAUUCCCAUAUGUUCAUUUUAGUGUAUUUUUAACAUCUUAAAGGCAAAUACCGUAAAGUCAUCAUUCGUGCAAGUUAUAUAUGUGACGGUACAACAUGAUAUAUACCACAACAAAUAAACCCAAUAAAACACACCCUAUAGGUAGUGGCAGGAAGGGGAGACGAGGGGGGGAGAACAGAGGACAGACAGAGUACACAUCCAGGGGUGUGUUACAGAAUCAGAUCAAAUAAUAAUAAAAUAACAGUAGAAUAGUUAUAUUCGGUUCUAUCAGAACUAAAUGUGAGCAGAGUUUCAGCAUUGCUGAGUGAUUGCCAACACUGACAUUUCACCCCUUGGGCCAUUUUGUUUCUUGCUGUAUUAAAAACAUGUAGGUACUUAUUACAGUGCAUAUUGAUAUUUAUUGUCAGUGGAAGGAAUUCCUACUACAUGGUACAAUGAAGAUGAUAAAUAGAAGAUCAUAAAUAAUGACAUUUUGCAUGAAAAUUCAGCUUCAUAGAUCAUUAGCUUUGUAACCGUGAAGGUAUAUUACAUGUGUUUUUUGAGCUGUGUAGUCUCCUAGAUAAUAUGACUGUACUGUGAUGAAACACUUCAAUGUUGGUGUUAAUAUUGACAAAAUAAAAAUGGGUAUAAAAAGCAGCAAUUUUAUGGGUUGAAAAUGGCUGAAAACACCAUCUACUGUUUAAAAUCAUUCUGAACCUUGCAACAUAGGAUACUGACAUAGGGCCUCUUCCAAACCAGCCCUCUCCCCACCCACUCCCACUCCACUGGCACAUUCCCAUGGAGGGGCCACCAUAUUAAGGGCCAUCCCAAACCAAUUAGCAGGGAGUGGA